AAAUUUCCUUCAAAAGAAAAGGUUUAGAAGAAUGAUAUGAUUGUGAAAAAAGCGAUAUAUCUUUUAUACGUUACUACUCUUUUCUUAGGAGCAUGAUGAAUAGUAGUAUACACAUCACUUAUAAAUAUUUUCAUCUUCGUUAAUUUUUUUUUUCUUUCUGUAUGGCACUUCCUAAUAUUCAACUCAAAUUCAAAAGUUGUGAUCCUUCAUUCUUCCCUUUUCCUCAUCCCAAUCCCCUGAUGUACAUAUCUAAAUUAUAUGUUUUAGGAGAAAAAGAUUAUUUUAUUAUAUUUAUUAUUUUAUUUUACUUAUUAUUAUUAUUUUUUAUGAGAUAAAAAAAAGAUAAAAUUUAUUAGCAAAAGUGAUCAAAUUGAUGAUGACACAAAGUUCGAGUUUACUGCAAUUAUUGAUGAUUGACAAAUGGCUUUAGUUUCAUUUAACUUGAUUGGAAGUUGGUGCGAGUUGAUCAUAAUCAUAGGGGACUAGAUUGUAAUGGUGAUCUAUAAGGAAAGCAUCACCACAGGUUCUUAGAACCUUUCAUUUUAUCAUGUCUCUAAUCUCCAACUUAUUAUACGUUUUUUUGUCAAUGAAAACUCUUAUCAUCUAAUUAGCUCACAUAAACUAGAGUUUAGCUUAAUACUUUUAGUGAAACUACAUGCUUCAUCAUCAUUAAAAACUCAUUAUAUAACAUGUAAAUAAUACAACAAACACAAUGUAUUCUUUUCGGGUCAUGAAGUAAUUAUAUUAUGAGGGUAAAAGGUCAUUUCAUUUGGAUAUGAUGAGGCUUAUAAUUGCGUGGUAACAAAAGUACCAACAAAGAGAAACUUUUGGUAACAAAAAAAUAUCAGUGCGUGACUAGAACGAUUAGAGAAGAAGUUGGUAGUGGAUUCAAAUCACAGCACAGUGUGACAUGUAUUUGUUUGGUUAAUGAUCAAAUCAUUAACCAUACAAGAGUUCUCCACAUAUUAUAUCAUGUUUUGCUGUUUUGAGAUAAUGAAACUUAUCGAAUAUAUUAAUUAAACCACUAUCUAAACGUAGACCUUAGUGCCCCAACAAAAGAAAAGUGGUCUCCUUUCACCUUUUUCUUUCCAAAUUUUAAACACAAAAGUAAUGAUAACAAAUCGAUGGUAUUGCGCUCUUUAGACUAAAUUUAAAAACUAGUGCUUUUUCGCUUCUCUUAUCUUUAACAUGCAACUUCACAGAUAAAUUAAUGCAUGUAGUACUACUGCUUUAGAAUUGUUCAAUACAGAAAGAAAGAAAGAAGAAGUUAUCAUUUGUGCCAUAAUAUUUCUUUGAGAGCUAAGAAAGAAAAGAGGUUAGAGAGAGGGAGAUUAAUAAAAGUUGCAUGCUUGAUCAUCAUCAACAAUGGGGUUCAUGUUUCUGUUGAAGAAGUUUGGUCUUCUCUUCCUCCUCAUUUCUGCAUCCCUUUUGUCUACUAGUUCAUUUGCAGGUACGUUUUUGUAAGUACACAUCUUCUUGAGAAGUGGAAGUUUUUCUCUAGAAGAUUGAGGUAUAUAAAUUAGACCUGCUGAUACAGAAAUAGAACUUUGAAACCGUCUAUGAACUUUGUUCCAACAGGUCGACAUUCUAGGGUUGUGGGCAACUUCCAGAAGCAAUUAGGACGAACAGCUGAACAUGAGGAGGUAACUAAGGAGCAAUUAAGCCAUGAGGAAAUUGUAGAAAUUCAUGAAAGGCUUCUCAAAGUCAACACCAAAGAUUACGGAAGAUAUGAUCCGGCGCCGGCACUAGGAAAGCCCCCUUUCAAGCUCAUCCCCAACUGAUCAUCCAUGUCACAGUAUAUAUGCAAACAAACAUGUUCAUUUUUAGAAAAUGAACAUACUUAGAGGCCAUGGCAGGUGAAACAUGAUAGGGCGAAGAAUGAUCUUGGGAUUAAUAUAAUCCGUUCGGGUUCGGAUCAGUACUGAUCAACUCUAUAAUCUAUAUGUAUAGUUCCAGCCGCAGCAUAUGAACUUCCGCUUGGUUUCACUAUAUAUAUAUGUAAUAAGUUUGUUUCCAUAGACUUAGCUUAUAAGUAGUAAGUUUUGAAUGGCGCAAAGGUUCGGUUCUACGAGUGAGCUCUAUAAGAUGGGUUAUUUUGAGGUCGUAUAUGUUAUGUAUUGCUUCGUCAAUUUACAUGUAUGUGUGUAUAAAUGCAUGAUGCAUGCUCCUAUGUACGAGAAUAUAUAUGUUAUCGAUCGAAGGUUAUACAAGUUUAUGCCAUGUAAUAUGUUACGUACUUUGCUUGAUAAUAUCGAUCACUUCUGCCUA